CAAUCUUAAUCAGUCAGUCAACAUGGCGGCCCAAGAUGAAGUUGACGUAUGUGAAAGUUGGGAGGAUAUGGACGAAAUUGGUUUAGACACGAAGAUCAAGCUGAUGUCAAGUGCGUCCUCGUCAGUGAAAACUCCGCUGAAAGGUUGCAAGGUUACGAACGUAAUUGUGGAAGACAGCGCCUGUAUUGGGUCUCAGUGCGUUAUGCCGGAGCCAGCUAUUCGUAUUCUGAAGCGGCCAUCGACGCUCGCGAGCGGACAGCUGAACGGCGAACGGAACGCGCGCCCUGUUAAAACUCUCCAACAAAGACAGAAGGAGUACGAAGAAGCCAGAUUACGGAUACUGGGCGAAGCGCGGAGCCCUGAAGACGUCAUCGACGACAAUUUGAGCUGCUUGCAAGAUAAAUUACAAGCGAAUAGCAUCAGCGACAGUCAGAAUGGGAACAAAGUGAAGAAUUGUCACAAUGAUAAUGCCAAAGGGAAAGAGCGUAAGGUUCUAGUGAGGUUACCACCGGGAGCCACUGCGUCAGGGGUGUUCCCAUCCCCGCCACCCCCGGGAGUGCUUGUUAUAAGGACACCUCGGGGCCCUGACGGUACCAAAGGCUUCCAGCGAAGGUAGCACCAGGCCAUGACAAUCAUACACUAAUUUGUAAUGAAUUCCAUCCACAAACUACCCAAGAAAGACAAUGUUGAAAUAUUGGCUCUGUUUAUAGUAUGAUCUUCACAAUUCCUAAAUUGUGUUAGCAUUGUUUCUUUGGUUCUAAAAAGUGUUUUACAGUACAUAUGGGGCUACUUUAUAGCACUAGUGCGAGAAGUAGCAUAUUAUGUUACUGUGUCGAACAUUUAAAGGGCCAUAUGUACUGUAAAACGUUGUACGAUACAUGUGCGAAUAGGUAAUUCGCAACUCGUGUCGAUUUAAAACACUCCCUUCGGUCGUGUUUUAAUUUAUCGCCACUCGUUUCGAAUUUCCUAUUUUUCGCACUUGUAUCGUAAUGUACUAUUAUGUGGCCACAUAAGCUCCAGAGGUUCACCUGUGGUGAGACCACAGUCCACAAGUGCAUUGGUAUCUUAUCAAAGAAAUCCAUGAUUGGUCUAAAAACUGCAUAACAUGCUAAGUUUGUUUGGAUGUAUCAUUAGAACUGAAUUUAUAUUACACAGUAAACAGCCGGGUCCACACUGAGCUGCGGCGCGCUCGGGCGAGGAAAACUGCAUAUCGCCUGUGGCUGAGGCAUGUACACUGGCCGUUUUGUGCGUGAGAAAAUUGCCUCGAGCGUAUGCUCGCUCUGGCUGUGGACCCGCCUAACUAUACAGCAUUUUUUAUACAAUGAUAUGUCAAUGACAUCCUGACCAGUUUACUGUUAUUAUUCUAGCCAUGGCAAUGGCAGGCAUGGCCAUACAAUGGCAUUCCUUUGCAUGUAUAAAUAUGAUUUUUCCUUCUAUUAUAACUGCUAUACAACAAGUAGCUCUUAUAGCAGUUAUAGCACUUAACUACAUAGUGUUCUCUAUGAGAAAAAAAGGUUUUACUGUUUUCAAAUAUCAUCAAUGUGCUGAAACCACAUCCUCUAUAAUUUCGGUUUCAUACAAAAUUAAAUUAUUUCAGUGCACAGGAAGCCACAAUUAUGUUUUAAGCAAAAGGCGGGUCCACACAUAGUGAGCUUUCCUUGCCUGAGCGCACCACCUCGGCCAAGGCAUGUCUACACUGGCAGGUUUGUGCGUGACGAACUUGCGGCUAUUCAUAAAAAAUUGAACUCAUCAUCAAAGUUUCCAAGAGUCCCAAACAUUCUACAUUAUUAAGCGGGUCCACACAGAGUGACCAUAAGCGCGAGGCAAUUUCCUCACGCACAA